AAACCCCAAUUGGUGGCGCAGACGUACUACACUGGAGCGAUGCCUUGUCCUCAUCAGUAUUAUUGCGUUGAUCGCAGUGAUUGGUCUAGUCAUUGGACUAGUUUCUGUAAUACUCUCAAAUCGUUUGGCCGAAGAGCUCAAAACACCCACAAACCCACCAGAGGCGCUGCAAGGCUCCAGUAAACCGACAGACAAUGAAGUCAUUAUCACACCACAAAAGUCACCCAAGGAUGAUGUCUGUCUCUCAGUCGAAUGCAUACACACCGCUUCGGCGGUAUUAAGUAAAAUGAAACCGGAGAUCGAACCCUGUGAUGACUUCUAUGAAUUCGUGUGCGGCACUUACAUUGAAGAGCAGCUGAUACCCGACGACAAAGAUUCAUUGAAUACAUUCUCGUUGAUUUCGGAUAAAUUGCAUGAACAACUAAAGGAAAUUGUCACCGAAGAACGGCCGAAGAGUGAGCCCAAUCACUUUCAGCUGCCGAAUGCGCUUUAUAAGGCGUGUAUGAAUAAAUCUCUGAUUGAACAAUUGGGUGCGGCGCCUAUUGCUAAUAUUGCCAAGUCUCUGGGUGGCUGGCCAGUGAUUGAGGGCGAUUCGUGGAAUGCGGAUAACAGUUGGAGCUGGCAGGAGACUGUGAAGAAGUUCCGUAAAUUGGGCUUUAGCAUGGACUAUAUUAUUGAUUUUUCGAUCAGCGUGGAUUUGAAGAACAGCACAACGCGUAUUAUUGAUGUUGAUCAAUCGGCUAUUGGCUUGAGCCGCGAAUAUCUAGUCAAGGGUUUCAAUGAGACGCUAGUGAGCUCCUACUAUGACUACAUGGUCGAUAUGGCUGUGCUGUUUGGCGCUGAUAAGGAAAGAGCGAAGCGCGAAUUGCGUGAGUCGCUCGAAUUCGAGAUCGCAUUGGCUAAUAUCUCCUGGCCAGCUGAGAAGCGCCGCAACACCAACGAUCUCUACAACAUACGCACGCUGAAGCAACUGCAAGCAACGUAUCCCUAUGUUCAGUGGGUGGACUACACGAACGCUCUGCUGCCGGAUAAAAUUCAAGUGAAUGAAGAUGAACCUGUGAAUCUUUCGGUGCCUAGUUUCUUUGACGAAUUAGGACCAUUGUUGGCGCGCACACCCGAUCGCGUGAUUGCCAAUUAUAUGAUGUGGCGCAUACACGCCUUCUCUGUGGUCUUCCUUUCGGAACAAUUCCGCAAGCGACAACUACAAUAUGCGACCGCUUUGUCGGGUCGCCAGGAGCAGGAGGCGCGCUGGAAGGAAUGUGUCGACAUCACCAGUGGCAGGUAGGUGAUUGUUAUAUGUUUAGCGAUAUCUGCUGUAGGACAUUAGAGAUGUGUGUGUAUGUGUUGUAGAUAUGUAUUG